GCUUUCUUCUGGGCACUCGGCAGACCCUCCUUGAGACGACUGACGGCGGUAGUACAUGGACCAAGAGGGACAUCCAGGCAGCCCUGGACGAGGGAUUCAACUACAGAUUCACGUCCAUCGACUUUGCUGGUGACGAGGGCUGGAUCGUUGGCAAGCCGGCCAUCCUGCUGCACACCACAGAUGGGGGCGCAAACUGGGAACGCAUACCGCUCAGUGGCAAACUGCCAGGCACCCCCAUUGUGAUCACUGCACUGCCAGGGGCAAAGGGGCAGGCAGAGAUGACCACAGACCAGGGUGCAAUCUAUGUCACAAGUGAUGGGGCAUACACGUGGCGUGCAGCGGUGCAAGAGACGGUGGAUGCCACACUCAACAGGACUGUGUCCAGCGGCAUCUCCGGUGCCUCAUAUUAUGAGGGCUACUUUGCCAACAUCAACCGCAGCAAGUCAGGUGACUAUGUGGCUGUCAGCUCCCGAGGCAACUUCUACAUGACCUGGUCCCCAGGGGACCAAUUCUGGUCACCCCACAACCGUCCUAUCGCCCGCCGGGUGCAGAACAUGGGCUGGACGGUUGACAACAAGCUGUGGCUGACGACACGAGGGGGGGACGUUUAUGUUGCCAGCGACCCCGGCAUCUCUGAGAGCUUCAAGCAGACACAGAUUGGCGCAAGGGGCUUUGGGAUCCUGGACGUUGGGUUCAGGAAUGAAAAGGAAGGCUAUGCCUGCGGCGGCAGCGGCAGCCUCUUCAAGACGGUGGAUGGCGGGAAGACGUGGAAGCGUGACCGGAGCUUUGAUGACAUCCCAGCCAACCUGUACGACAUCAACUUCAAGAAUGGCAAGAACGGCUUCGUCCUUGGAAACAACGGCGUGCUUCUCAAGUACAUCGCCUGA